AUGAGCACAAUGACAGAAGCCGUUGUACCUCCUGGCCCGGCUUCCGCAGCUAAGAAGAAGUUUGCUACCCCCCCGGUAAAGAUUGCGUGCCUCGCCUGUCGAGCUUCCCGUACACGAUGCGAUGGAGCAAGCCCAUGUGCUAGUUGUAAAAGCAGGGGACGCGAUUGCGUCUUCAAGCCCAGCAGAAGAGGCGGCGCCCGCGUGAGGCGAAAGCCGCGGCCGGCUGAAGAACUGGCCCAGCAGGUUCAGGCGUUCAAUGGCGAGAUGCCUCCAGACGAGGUCACUCAUCAAGAUCCCAUCUCUGUUCAAAACUAUAUCGACCCUGGCGCGGGCUUGAAGCAGUUGCAGGACUUCUUCCAAGACAGCGACUUCAUCUUCGAUACUCUCUUCAUGUCGGGCGUUCCUGGCAGUACCAGCGGCGAGAGCGCAUCCGAACACUCAUUUACCUUCCCGACGCCUCAAAUCCCAGUCGCCAGAACGUAUAAGAGUGACCAAGCCAUCCUCGAUGCGUACUACAUCUUUAUCCACCCCUUCUUCCCUAUUCUUCCUGCUCCUUCAGGCCUGCCCAUGGAUCAAGCUGUGCCGCAUUUCCAAAAUGACACGGAAGGCUUCGCAGACGAAUAUCAGCCAUCAACGCCGAUCAGUUUGGCCAUUUCUGCGAUCCUCGCGUUGAUUCCGUAUCACAACGAUACCAACCAUCUCAACAAGGAGUCGGUAGUUUUCCGUCGGAGGUAUGCGCAAUACCUAGCACAAUGCGCCAUCGAGAGCAUCGAGAUUGAAUCGGAAAUUCCGGAUUCGUCCAUUGAGCCACCCAAGGCACUCAACGAGUCUCCAGACGAUUUCCCCAGGCAGCAAUUCCACCCAGGUGUGCCUAUCGAGCUGGAGAGUGUCAUCGCUUUGGAUAUCCUCAGUGUCUAUGAGUAUGCGCAACGGGGCAACCUGAAGAAGAUGCAGGCACGAGCAGGCCAAGCCCUGGUUGCUGCCAUGUCUUUGUCCAUCCACACUUGCGCCGAAGAGGAUGCGUUCUCAGAAGCGAGGCGGAGAGUCUGGUGGAUGACGUACAUCUGCGUUUGUCAAGGAUCGAUUGUCAGCAAUUCGGAACCAACGUUCUCAGUGUUCACCCCAAGCUACACUGCCAAAUACCCCGUGAUACAGUCGGAUCCUGAGGCUUUUGCUGUCUAUAUCCAGGCACAGCAAGCGAUCCUGUCAGCAACCCAAUUUGUCAUCGAGCUAAACAAGACUGUAAAGUCCGGCGGUGACAUGGCACGAAUCUAUGCGCGCAUGAAGGAAAUGGAGGCAUACCUCGAACCCCUCAACACGAUGGCCGACUCUUGGAUCCUUCAGUCUACGACAACGACGCCACUGGAUCCUACGGAGGAGGUCUUGUCCCGCUCCCUCCGCUGCAUGGCUCGAAUCAAACUUAACAGCGCACGAAUCAAACUCCACCGAUAUUGCGCUUUCUUUGACAUGCCCGUCUUUUCCGGCAAGUACUGCGAUCUCAAGUCCAAAGCCGACAACGAUGCCAACAUGGAGCCACGGAGCUGGCCAUCAUGCUCUUGCAGCUCCAUGAUGAGCUUGCCAUCACCACCAGUGGCCAUAUCAAACGGAUCGACUACGCCACCGGGGAAGAAGUCUCCUCACUCGGAACAUUCGCCCAGCAGCCAAUCGCCAGCGACGUUUCCCUUUAGCAGUCAUCAGUCGGCCAAGAUCUGUCUCAAAGCGGCCAUCAACAUCUCACAAUCCUUUGAUGACCUGCCGUAUCCAAAUCCCUUUGGUCAACUAUGCCCCGCCCCUUGCUAUCUGGCCCCCACAUCAACAAUCGUUUGUCCGAGGACGAUGCCCUCGUUCGCUUGCUGUGCUAUGCAGUGCGCGUACGCGUUGCUUAUGGUCAAUCACAAGACCAAGGCCAUGUACCCGGAGAACGCACUAGCCACUCCGAUGGUGGAAAGCCUCCUGAUGCGACUGCAGACGGGGCUGGCCUCUAUCUCGGCGACACUGGAAAAUUAUGCCACGGCGUUUGAAGCACUCGGUGGGAUGCGCGACCAAAUUCGGAGUGUCAUCGAACCCACCAUGAUGUUUGACGGACCGGUCCAGUAA